AUGCUAAGUCGGCUGUGCAGUACCGCCAGUAGGGCGGUUUCGAGCCGCAGUGUCGGGUUCCGAAACUUCUCGGCUCUUUCACAUUUGAGUAAAGACUACUCGCUGCAACAAACGAGAAUUAUUCCGAAACUCACCACAUUCUACUCUGCCAAUCCGCACCACGAAGACCGUAUCGAUAGAUUGGAGGCUCUUUUACGCAAAUACGUCAAGUUGCCAACAGUACAAAUGGCGCCAAGCGAGAGACCGUCUUGGUUAUCUUUCAGCGAAUACGCUUUGAUCGGUGGUGGUACACGUCUGAAGCCCACCCAAUACCAGCAAUUGCUUACACUCCUGAACAGGCUGCAAGCCAUUGAGCCGGAGCUGACCAAUGAUGAGAUCACAUUUGAGCUAUCACAAUACUUCAAAAAGACCAAACUUCAGGCGUCACAGGUGUCUGUGAAAACUCUUGAUGAGUUUGGUAGAAGUAUUGCAGUGGGUCGCAGAAAGACCUCGACUGCAAAAGUGCAGAUAGUGAGAGGCUCUGGGGAAGUUCUUGUCAAUGGUAGACAAUUGAAUGACUACUUUGUGAAGAUGAAGGACCGUGAAUCCGUGGCGUACCCGCUUAAGGUGGUCGAUAGUCUUGGGAAAUACAACGUUUUUGUCACCACCUCUGGAGGCGGUGUCACGGGCCAGGCCGAGGCUACCAUGCAUGCGAUCGCCAAGGCGUUGUUGGUGUUCAAUCCCCUGUUGAAACCAAGGCUACAUAAGGCCGGUGUACUCACCAGAGACUAUAGACAGGUGGAAAGAAAGAAGCCGGGCAAGAAGAAGGCCAGAAAGAUGCCUACGUGGGUCAAGAGAUGA